CUCGGAUUCAAAUCUUAGAUCGGCCUCAUUCGUUUGUUCUCAACAUAAUUUUUUGCCUAUUCUUUGCUGAUCUUGGAUUUCUCGUCUGGGAUCUGAACGUUUGGAGUCUGAUUUCAGAUGGAUUGAUCUAAUUUCGAUUCUGAUAGAUAUACUGUUCUUGGUGUUUGCUUCUGUCGAAUUGAACUCUUGAAUGUUUCUCAUCGAUUUACUUGUUUCUGAGCUUCGUUUGGAUAAGUAAGUCGAGAUUUAAAAGGCGAUUGGGUUUUUAGGGUUUCGAACGGAAUAGUUAUCAGGUUUUGUGAGAUUCUGCAGAAUUUUACGCAUUGGAAAUGAUUGAAUUCGAUUUUUUAAUCCAACAAUCAAACUGCACGAGUGACAGACAUGAAAAACAGCUUGAAUUCAAAUAACAUUUGGUUUUGGAGAACCGAAGUAUCCACAUCCUCCGAGGUUUUUGUUUAUAUCUGUGUUUCUUUUAGUUUUAGGGUCACUAUAGACCUUUGUUGUCUCUCAAGAAAUACCUGCUUGGCCAUCCGUUUGGAUUUGGCCUUCACGUUCCAAUUGGCUGUUGAACUAAACAGUUUCAGACCGAGGAUUCAAUGUAUACGUGGUCAGAGUUGGGUUAUGUAAGCCUGUGCAGACAGUUUUCUUGAAGCUUUUCAGAGUGGUGGUUAUUUACUUGGAGAGUUGGUUUAUUUGGUCUGCUAAUUAUUCAGCUCUGUGAAGUAGAUUUCUCAAAGUAGUUCGACUCUUGUGCUGUUGAGUUUCUGUGUAUGUGUGUCUGUUUUACUAUUGGCUUUGGAGACUUUGGUUUGAACUGCAUUUGUUAUUAACAAAUGUUAUGUAUAUUCUGGAGCUAGUUUGGUUUGGAGUUCCAAACUCUUCCUCAGAAUGGCUAGAAAAAGGACGGAAAAAGCAGCUGACUAUUCAGAGGAAACUAAAAUGGGAGGACGAUGCACCAGAGCCAAGAAAUAUAUGAAGAGCACCAAUGAGAAAAAACCUCAUGAAAUUGGAAGACAUAACAGUGGUUUGGGUGGAAGAAAGGAGAAAUCCUUAUCUCAAGCUCUAUCUCCUACAGGUCAGAGAUUGAUGCAACUCAAGAACCCUGCUCAAGAAGUUCCUACCGUUGAGCUCCCUUCUGGAAAAAAACUUCAACCUUCAGGAAAAUUAAAGUUGCAGCUGUUUCCUUUUGAUGAUCAUACCCGUGAGGGAUUGGAAAAGGAUGGCUUUCACCCAUACUUGGAACUCACACUGAGCUCACGAAAGAAGAUCUCUUCUGUACUUAAACACCUUCAUAGUAAGUGGGGCAGUUCACAGAUUGCUCAGGGUGAACCCAGGUUGUAUCCAUAUGAUAAACUGGUGAGUUUUGCUGGUUAUAAAUGGACAACAAACAGCAGCAGUUUCACUGCAGGAGAUGUAUAUGCAGCCAUUGGAGCUCCCACUGCUUUCCGCUUGAGGUAUGGGUGGACCUCCGAAACAGAGGAUAAAACGUCGGAAUCUCCAUCCCUUCCAAUUUCCCGCACAACUGAUUUUCUGUGUGAAGGCAAGCAAAAAGAAUCUAGUGACCAAGCAGAGGGCGCCAACGAGCAGAUUGGUGAAGGUGAUAACUUGUCCAGGCCAUCCACUGAAGAUAAAGCUACCAACCCGACUGUCUCUGAGAGAAUACUUCCUGAUGGGCAAGUCCAAUCAAAGGACAAGGACGGUACAAAUGAUUACUAUGGCCCAACAUCGUUUCCAUGGGACGAUCUUACAAAUCUUAGCAUUGGAGGCCUGCUUUCAGAAGCGUCAUUGAGGGCUACUAACUGCAGCACUACUGGUAAAACUUCAAACGGGGAAACCACAACUCUGUGGGUUGAUAAUCUUACAAACAUAAGCAUUGGAGGUCUACUUUCCGAGGCAUCCUUACACGGCAGACUAACAAGUAACCGUGAGCAAGAACCAAACCGUAGUAAUGAUGGUCUGCUGGACAAUAACCGGCUGAAAGUAAGUGUCGGAGGCCUGGGCAGGUCUAGUGACUGUGACAAAGCAUGGAGCAGGAGUGACGCUGGCAAAUUCUCUGUGAGUAGAACGGAUAAGACUAGAGGCGGCACGUGUGAAGCAGCACCUUGUGAGCUGAGAUCGUCUAUUCUGGAUGCGGAGGACACAUGCCAUGCGUUUUCAUUUGGAAACAACUUACCUUCUCAGUGGAAAGGUGCAACUACAACCUCCACGACCACUGGUCCAGAGGGUGCUCGUCCGGUCUCGAUCCUCGACAAGGGUAGGGGACAAGAUGAGGGUGUGAUGAAACAGAAAGCUCGAUCAGAGUCUGGAAAACAGCUGCUCUCUUCAUCACUACUGUUUGAUCAAGAAAGAAGCCUCGGGCUUUCUGGAAUCAAGUGGGGUGAUUCAUUGGGACCGUUUGACAUGGGACUUUCUUCGUCCCUGAAGAUUACAGCAGGUGGGGACAGCAUAGGCUUCGCCGCCAUAGUAAAUAGCAUGCAGAAGAAGGCAUGAUCCCAACUGAUCCCAAAGAGCCUCUGAUAUAUCCGACAGAAAUAACAUAACAAGAAAAAAGACGAUCAUCACAUGACAUGUACAAAAACUUGCAAGUCGGAGGGUUUCAUUUUCACAAGGCAUCCUUCGGUUCGAUUUGGGAUGAGACAAUGUACAAAAACACAACUGUAAAGGAAGGUUAGUGAGAG